AGAUGCUGGAAGCAGAUCUAGUGUCAAAAAUGCUACGAGCUGUUCUGCAGUCUCAUAAGAAUGGAGUUGCAUUACCCAGACUCCAAGGAGAGUACAAAUCUCUGACUGGUGAUUGGAUCCCCUUCAAGCAGCUGGGCUUCCCUAGUCUAGAAACUUAUCUGAGAAGUAUACCAGCAGUAGUCAGGAUCGAUAUUAGCAGAUGUGGAGAGAUUACUUGCUAUGCUGUGGCCUGCACAGAAACAGCAAGAAUUGCUCAACUUGUGGCUCGUCAGAGAAGUUCUAAAAGGAAAACUGGGCGGCAAGUUAAUUGUCAGAUGAGAGUAAAGAAAACCAUGCCAUUUUUUCUAGAAGGAACACCAAAAGCAACCCUCAGGCAACCAGGAUUUUCUUCAGACUUUGCUAUCAGCAAAAGACCGAAUCUGUUAAGAGACAAAGGAAACUUUCUUGGAGUAAAUAAUGAUGUUGAAAUGCCACCUUAUACAUUACACACAACUGUCAGAAGUGACAUAUACAAAGAUGCUCCAAUGCAGAGGCAAAUGGCCAUGCCUACUGCGAACAUCAGUACUAGGUUUAAUCCAAAGGCAUCCCUCCAACCACCUUUUCAGAUGCAUCUCUCAAAAUUAUGCACUAAGGAAAAAAGUGAGAAUUUUAAUCAGACUUUUGAAAAGACAAAUACUGUGCCUCCUGCCUCUCAUAAAGUGGAUGAGGUUCAAAAUCGCUUAAGAGAAAUACUAAACAAGCAUAACAAUGGCAUCUGGAUCUCUAAGCUUCCACAUUUUUACAAGGAGUUAUAUAAAGAAGAACUUAAUGAAGGGAUUUUGCAGCAGUUAGAACACUGGCCUCAUAUUUGCACGGUGGAAAAACCUUGCAGUGGAGGUCAGGACUUACUUCUGUAUCCAGCUCAGAGAAAGCAGCUUUUGAGAAGUGACCAGGAAACUGAAAAAGUGCCUCCAUCCCCACUAGCUUCUCCAAAACAAACACCACCAUCAAAAAGCUGCCCAACAGUUAUGCCAGAAGACUUUAAAGAGAAAGUUGCAGAGCUGCUGGUGAAAUACUCAAGUGGUCUUUGGGCCAGUGCACUCCCCAAAGCAUUUGAGGACAUGUACGAAGUGAGGAUCCCUAAGGAUGCCCUGCAAAAUCUUGCCUCGCUUUCUGAUGUUUGCACCAUAGACUACAUUUCUGGAAAUCCCCAGAAAGCCAUCCUCUAUGCUAAACUUCCACAGUCUACUGACAAAAUCUUGAAGGAUACAGGGCAAGAACAAGACAAUUGUGAUAUCAAGUAUAUGAUUGAGCAAGAAUAUAUGCAAAUACAAGAAAAUAAUAUAGAUGAUUCUGAUAGCUAUUUUGAUAGUACAACAGUUCCUCCAUUAACCAUUCCCACUGAGUCUUCUCCAUCCAUAUUGGUGGUUGAACUGAGCAACACAAAUGAAGUGGUUAUCAGGUAUGUUGGCAAAGACUAUUCUGCUGCACAGGAAUUGAUGGAAGAUGAGAUGAAGGAAUAUUACAGUAAGAAUCCAGUUAUCACUCCAGUCCAGACUGUGCAUGUUGGGCAGUUGCUGGCCGUAAAUGCUGAAGAUGAUGCUUGGUUACGGGCACAGGUCAUCUCAACAGAAGAUAAUAAAAUAAAGGUAUGCUAUGUGGACUAUGGUUUCACUGAGAAUGUCGAAAAGAGCAAAGCAUACAAGUUGAGCCCAAAGUUCUGUUCACUUUCAUUCCAAGCUACAAAAUGCAAACUGGCAGGGUUGGAAGUUCUAAGUAAUGACCCUGAAUUAGUGAAAGUGGUUGAAUCUUUUACUUGUGGGAAGAUCUUUGCUGUGGAAAUACUUGAAAAGGCUGAUGUCCCACUUGUGGUUCUGUAUGAUACCUCCGGUGAAGAUGAUAUCAAUGUCAAUGCCACCUGUCUAAAGGCUUUAUGUGACAAGUCACUGGAAGUUCAUCUUCAGAUCGAUGCCAUGUACACAAAUGUCAGAGUGACAAACAUUUGCUCUGAUGGCACGCUCUACUGUCAGGUGCCAUGCAAGGGUCUGAACAAGCUCAAUGACCUCCUGCAUAAAAUAGAGGACUACUUCUACUGCAAGCACAUGACCUCCGAGUACUUCAUUGCAAUUCCCUUUUGUGGGAAGAUCUGCCUCUUCCACUGCAAAGGAAAAUGGUUGCGAGUAGAGAUCACAAAUGUUCACAGCAGUCGAGCUCUGGAUGUUCAGUUCCUUGACUCUGGCACUAUAACAUCUGUAAAAGUGUCUGAGCUCCGAGAAAUUCCCCCUCGAUUUCUACAAGAAAUUAUUGCAAUACCACCUCAGGCUAUCAAGUGCUGUCUCGCAGAUCUGCCACAAUCAAUUGGCAUGUGGACACCAGAUGCUGUACUUUGGUUAAGAGAUUCUGUACUAAAUUGCUCAGACUGUAGCAUUAAGGUUACGAAAGUGGAUGAAACCAAAGGGAUCACACAUAUUUAUUUAUUUACACCUAAAAAUUUCCCUGACCCUCAUCGCAGUAUUAAUCGCCAGAUAACAAAUGCAGACUUGUGGAAGCAUCAGAAGGAUGUGUUUCUGAGCACCAUGUCCAGUGAGGCUAUAACUCACAACAGCAAAACCAACAAUACCUCCAUUUUGAACGACAUGGAAGAAAAUUCCAGAAAAUGUCUUACAGAUACCAUCAAAAAAUCUGUCUUGGACCACACCGGCUCUUUCCCCACAGAAGAACUGCCACCUCCUGUCCACUUGUCAAAGCCAGGGGAACACAUGGAUGUAUAUGUGCCCGUGGCCUGUCACCCAGGCUACUUUGUCAUCCAGCCAUGGCAAGAGAUUCAUAAGUUGGAAGUUCUGAUGGAAGAGAUGAUUCUUUAUUACAGUGUGACUGAAGAGCGCCAUAUAGCAUUGGAAAAAGACCAAGUGUAUGCUGCAAAAGUAGAAAAUAAGUGGUACAGGGUGCUUUUAAAAGGCAUCCUUACCAACGGGCUGGUGUCUGUGUAUGAGCUGGACUACGGCAAACAUGAAUUAGUCAGCACAAGAAAAGUACAGCCCCUAGUGGACAUGUUCCGAAAGCUGCCUUUCCAGGCAGUCACAGCUCAACUUGCAGGAAUAAAAUGCCUCCAGUGGUCUGAAGAGGCUUCAAUGGUGUUUCGGAAUCAUGUGGAGAAGAAACCCCUGGUGGCACUGGUGCAGACAGUCAUUGAGAGUACUAACCUGUGGGACCGGAAAGUAGUGGUCUACUUAGUGGACACAUCGCUGCCAGACAUAGAUAUCUGGAUUCAUGAUUUUAUGUCAGAGUAUCUGGUAGAGCUUUCAAAAGUUAAUUAAUCACUGCUUCUGAGACUUUGACAACUAUUUCAGACUUUUUAGCAAUAACAAAAUGUAGUAAACUUAAAAAAUCUCAUCUCUACUAUGUGUCUCUGACUACUGGGUCAUGAAAAAUAUAUGCUUAUGUUUGAUGAAAGAUAUAUACCAAGUUUUGUUUAAACAGAGUUGACUUUUCAAAAGAAAAUUGCACUUGAAUUAUUACUAUAAUAUUAGAAUAAAAAUGUUUAUGAGUAAAAA